AUGAAAGAUGUGGCGACUUGGGUUCUAGGCUUCGCGCUGCUCUCAACUGCCUCAGCCCAGUGUCAGUGCAACAGAUACCUUUGCAGGAGUGGCCAGAAUGAGUAUGUCUACACAUUGCAGCAGAUGCCAGAACAAGAGAUCAUUGAGUGCAUUUUCGCGAACAAGGCCUACAAUCCUCGGGGUGAUUGCAAGUACUGCUCCUCUUGUGAUGGCACUCUUUGCACGUGCCAAAGCAGCGCGUCCUGUGAGUCGUUCUUACCCAAAGCAGCAGCAGUGGUUUGCUUGGCCCUCGCGCUACUGCUUCUAGUCAUCGCAGUACGAUCCUCCUGGAAAUGGGCCAAGGGCAAUGUACUCUAUCGCGUGCGGCCAGACGAGCUACCCGAACUUCAAGAGAAGCCGCAGGUUCCGCUGAAAGUUUGGGAGCGUCGGCCGAGCAUGGCCAUUUUCCUCCCUGGCGCUGGUUGUGUACUCUUCUUCGCUUUGGGCGUUGUGGUUUGGUUUUCCCCAAACAUACUGACUCAGGAAGCAGCAAGUUGA